AAUGUAAAGUAUUCUACACUGCAUGCAUCUUUGUACACUGUCAACAAGGAUUUGUAUGCACUGGGACUUUCUUAACUCGAGAAAAGUGUUCGCAUCAGCAUACAGCUGGGGCUGAACUUUGUCCUACCUCCAGACAGAAAAACAACAGGCAGGGUAUAAAAGGGGGGAGAAGUGGAGGAAGAGACUUGUUUUUGUUCGGAGACUUGCAGCAACGCAGGACUGAGCAGAGAGAAGGAAACUUUUUAAACAAAGGCAGAUUUGGGCAGUGAGGAGGCACCAUAGGGAUGUGGGUGUGCCUCAGCCUGAUCAUCACUCUCUGCCUGCUCCAUGGGGGCGGAGCAGAGAGUGAUGGGGGUGGGCCUCGCUGUCAGCUGCCUCCAGCCUGGAAGAUAGGGGAGGUGGAGCCAAUGAAGGGGGCGAUGGGCCAUGUGACAGUGGUGGCUCUUUUACAAGCCAGCUGAUUAUUCUGCUUGGUGCAGGCUUCCAGAAUGGACGGCCUGCGCCAGAAGCUGGAGAGUCAGGGUCUGAAAGACGUUGUGUACAUGGUGGUUAACCAACAGGGGGCGCAAGCACGGCGCUUGCACACCAUGCUGGGGCAGAGACUGUCAGAGAACAUCACACUCUACAAACAGGACGAGCAACAGCCUGACGUCUGGCAGGCACUGGGCGGGGAGAAGGAUGACUUUCUCAUUUAUGACAGGUGUGGCCGUCUCACCCACCACAUUUCUCUUCCAUAUUCCAUCAUCGGACAAGGACAUGUUGAUAGUGCCAUCAAAGAUACCUACUGCACACGCAUGUGUGGCGACUGCAUAUAUGAGAGCACUGAGACAGCAGAGGAGUGCAGUGGGAAAGCAAACACACAGCCUGACACUGCCCCAGCCGUAGAGGGAGACACUGGGCAUGCUCCCCAUCAUGGACAUCACCAUGGUCACCACCACCACGGGGAUAAUCAAGGUGUUCAUCACCAUGGCCAUGGUCACAGCCAUGGUCAACACCAUGGAAAUCAUGAUGAAGCUGAUCAGCAAGGUGUUAUACAACAGGGGCAUGAGCACCAUGGUGGGGUUUCACAAAGGCAAGAUCGUUUAGAUUUAGACCAGCAAGCAGUGAACGGGCAUCAGAUAGCACAGGAGGCCCUUGGGGCCUUAGUGAGGCCCUGAGUAGCAGAGAAAGCUAGGUGAAAGUCAAAGUACAGCUGACAGUGGACAGCAGGCUCUGACACUGAAGCCUCUCCUAAGGCCAGCUGAUGCUGACACUGACGCAGGCUGUUUGGGGAAGCAGGAAGUGAGCAGCCAGUCAGUCUGUGACACUGUGACGAGGCGCUGCCAGCCUCCUGACAGUGACACGGACUGACAGGUGAGGCAGUCAAUAAUGUUAGGGAGACCUGACAGUGACGCCCGCCUCCUGCUGACUGACAGCAGCCUCAGCCAGCCCAAUGAGCCUGACCCCCAGGUGUGAGCUGAGGAUGAGAGCAGCUGUAAGCUGCCUGGAAAUCAGCCUAAUUUUAAAACCAGCCACAAACACCAGGGCCAAGCGCUCUCUUUACCAACAAGUAUUACCCUGGGAGAGGCACGAGCAAUCCCUCAUAGCAUGCAUUUGGUAUAGAUAAACAUGAUUCCAACAUCAUUCGGAUAAAGAUAAUAUAAAUUACAAUAACAAUUGGCAAUAGAUAAUGCCUAAGAAUAUAUGCCAUGUUUCACCUGUCACUGCAUGUCUGUAAUGGGUUGCUCUCGUCCUUUUCCAGGAGGGUGUGUAGUUUUCAUGUUUAUAAAUGGCUUUUUCCAUUUUGCUCUCUCCUUCCGUUAUGAAACCAGGCGCAGAAACUAUGCUCUAGUGGUGUCUGUAUGAAGUCAGGCAGGAGAGGGAGGAGAAGGUAGUUCAGGAACAUGAUGAACCCUUUAAACAUUUUAAAGAAUCAGAAUCAGAAGAUGUUUGACAGCCCAGAAAAGAUUUAUACAAUCUGCAAAUUCUGAAAAAAAAAACAUUGACAUCACAUUCUAUGAAUCACCAUCAGUAAGAAAGGUUGUAGUUUACGCCACAUUUGUUGUUAAAAAACAAACAAUCAAGUCUAAAAGGUAAUUGUGUAUGCAUCACAAGCUAUCUAUCAUUAUUCCUGAGCACAUACAACAGCCGCAAUUAACAUGAAUGCUUUUCUUUUUGUUUUGAACCUAAAAUAUGCAAGCCUAACAAUAUGUCAGCUGUGGCUUUUACCACAAAAAGUAACAUUUGUAUAUGUUUCUUUGCAUUUUCUAGACUUGCUAAGUAGGUUGCAAAAUAGCAUACAUUUAAAAAGAAAAAAAAAAAACCAAGACUCUUAUUGUUUGGAAAAAGGGUGGAGGGAAAAUGAAAGUGAAGCAAUGACUGUUGGAAUACACUCUGUACUUAAUGAUGGUUUUUGUGGGAAGAUUACUGUAACCCUGAAAACUUGAUGCUUGCACGGAGAACUGUAUUGUGUUAAGGCAUUCAAGCAUGGAAACUGAGAGUUGAAUAAAGAUUGCUGAGUUA